CACAUAUCGGACGGAGGAAUACAAUCAAUGCUAGCAAUAUCGGUCAGAGGCAGGAAUGCAAAUUAGUAAGUGGAAGCGGGUUGGAUGACGGGUGCGUAGUUGCAUAAUCUGACGCAAUGGAAGCAACAACCAGCGAGACAGAUAGCAUAGCUUCGAGUGAUCUAAAUUAUGUCGUGUGGUUUGGCCAAUUGCUGGUUGGGGUUGCUUUUGAAUUUGGGGAAUGGAUCGAAUUGUUUCUCGGGCUCACUUUUUUCAGUUCAGGCGUCGUGGCUGGAGUGUGUGCAUUCUUAUUACCACAACUAGUCACAGUGUGGGUGUUGCAUGUACUACCAUCAAUCAGGAGACUACAACCAUGGGAUCGCCGCAAACCGAUCAAAGUAGCUCGAAAUCCUUGGGCUGAUUGGGAGAAAGAAUACGCAUACGAUUCCGGCUCGGAGGAAUCUGCAGUGUGGGUAAAUGCAAUUUUUUCGAACAUAUGGGUUUUGCAGAAUGAAAGUAUAUUUAGGCAAGGACUACAGAAGUUCAUCGAGGGCGAGCUUGAUGAUCUCUACAAGGAGUCUUUUGGAUGUUUUCUGGAAGAUCUCACUGUGCCACAGACCACAAUCGGAGCCUGUUUUCCAACAAUCACCAAUUUUGUCACGCUGAAUCAUCCGUCCGCUAAUGGCCCAUUCCGCGUCUGUGCCGAUUUUUCAAUAAGUGGGUCUUUGUCUCUGACUACCAGACUCGUCGUGCGAACACUGAGGAUACCAAUCAAAGCUUUGAUUCAUAUAUCGGAAAUCACAGGUAAACUGCUCUUCGAGUUUAAUACAUUCCCUGAACCUACCAUGUCGAUAUCAUUCUAUCCGAAUGUCAUCAUCAAGUGCCCGUCUCAAGUGCGUAUCUGCGGGCGACAAUGGGAGCGACUCGACGGCUGGGUCACCCAAAUUGUUCGCAGGGUGAUUGUUAGCAAAUUUGUUUUACCGAAGCUUAAAGGGUUCUAUCUUUUUAACGAGGCGCCAUGGCUAAAGACAGGCUAUGUUCAAUUCGUACGUUGUGAUGCUACUAGCAAAUUGGUACCACUCUGGGCUUACUGCUGGCUGGAAGUAAGGGAAAAUGCGAUGUCGGUGUAUGAAGAUCAUACGCAGGAUAUUCCGGAAGCUACUUUCAGUCAGCAUGAUAUCGUAUCUGUAGACUACAGCAACGCGGAUCUAGAUCGUUCGGAGAAAGACGGCAACAGAGCUCCCUCGCCAUGUUUGGAGCUUGAUGUCCUCAAUGAGAAACUAUAUGUACAUCUUGCUGGAUUCGGCCGAUAUGAAAUUCGAUGUACAUCUGCGGAUUAUGACAAAGAUGAGGAUGAAAUCGCUCAAGGAGAACGGAAGCGUGAUGAUGAUGGUGAUGAUACAAGUGGUGUUGAGAAGUCCAACAGACGAGUACAAUCAACGUUUUCACAGGAUAAUGCGCCCCCAUGGAUACCUCGUGACCGUAAAGGCGUUUACGAUUGUCGUAGUCUUUCUCGCCCGCGCACCGAGCUGCAGAAAUGGCGGAAAGCUAUAGUGGCUUUGAAAAAGCGUAAGACAUCCGAGUCUUCGACUGCAAUAGACGCCCUCUCUGUAGAUACUGACGCAUCAGCCGAAACUGCACAUAGAGUCAGUUCCGAUGCAGCGCGGAAAGUUGCCAGCGCGAAGGUGUCGGCUUCAUCACUGGUUGAUAGUAAGCUGAAGAGUAUAAUGCGCAGAAACGUUGAAGCAAUCUCAGGACAAGAGGAACUCGUGACGCAAGAUCGGAUCAAUCAGAUUCAAAAGAGUAUGAAAAUUCAGCAGAAGCGAUUAGAUGACAUUGAGAAGCUACAAAUUCAUGGGAAGGUGGACAUCACACUGGAACUCGAAAUCGAGAUGCAGCGAGAACACGUCCGAGCACUCCACACCAUACUUCAACGAGCCCGUACCAUGGUUGUGAAGGGGGCACGAUACAUCAGCGAAGUGCAAGAUGAGAGCAAUAUGUUGGGUGCAACCUUCCAUGGUCGGACAAUAUCUAUCGACGAAGGCGCUAUACCUAUGCCGAGCACGCCUCCCAGCAAUAAAAGGAAUAGCGUGGGUCCCGAGGAGCUAGCCAAAUUUAUCGCGGGCGAGUCCCGUUAUCAAGACUAGUAGUCCAAAAUGAAGUUGGUCAAACUGCUAAGCAUGUUGAGGUAUAUUACUCAGUGGGCCGAACCCUCCAAAAAGAGUUCGUGAGUUGAGGAGGGAACUAAUUUUGUCUGUCAAACUAGUAAAACACACUGGGAGUAUAUUUAAGCCUUGGUUUCUAAC